AUGAGAAAAGGUUCAUGGAAGUUGAUCACUGAAAUGUUUGCCUCGCACAUCGCAAUCCUUAUCAAUCGGUAUGAUGUUUGUGCUGAUGGCCAUGACGGGCAUCUUCAUUGGCUUGGUUGGACGAAUGGGGAGGAAGAUACAAAAACGAUAGUGGCAUUUGAUUUGGGUUCAGAGACAUUCCGUGAGAUACCUCUUCCAGACUCUACACUAGAUCACAAUCGCUCAAAUGUAGUAGGAGUUUUGGCCGGAAAGCUCUGUGUGAUGUCAUAUAUUGAGGAUGUUGCAUAUGAGGUGUGGGUGAUGGAUGAGUAUGCGGUGGCUGAAUCAUGGGUCAAACGCCAUGUCUUUUCACAGUUUAUUGGUUAUACCUAUCCAUUUGGAUUCACAUCACACAGAGAGUUUCUUACUGAAGGUGAUGGUUAUCUUGUCUUAUACAAUCCAUCGACAAACGAGCAUAAAUACUUGGAGGAUCAUUGUCCAUAA